AUGAAUCAUGUGGAGGAGAUCUUGACACUUAAUGGAGCACUUCGGCGUAGCUAUACAAGACUUCGCAACAAAUUUUACAACAAACACUAUAAACCAUUUCUCAAAGAUGAUGAAGAGGAGGGCAAUGAGCAAGGUAAUGAGCAAGGUGAUGAUGAGGGUAAAGCUAAGGCAAGGGCCAUUGUCCCAGAAGGUAUUGCGGUCAACGCAUGGCUUAUGAUAUGCGACUCAUUUGAUGAGAAAUUAUGGAAGGUUAAGUCUAGACGGAAUAAGAAGAAUAGACGUGGAUUGUUAACAAAUCACACGGCUGGCUCCAAACCAUUCAUAAGUCAUCACGAUGAAGAAACAAAGAAAACUGGAGUCGAGCCCCGUUGGGUAGAGUUUUUUAAGAAGACUCACACAAAGAAAAGUGGUUCUUUUGUGAACCCACAUUGUGAGACUUUAUACAAUCAAAUGAAGGAUUUAACAGCUGAAGAAGGCAUUGACAACACAGAGGAAGCUUUCAUAAUGACACAAGCACUAGGGGGCCCCCGAUCUGGCCAUGUUAAAGGCAUGGGGUAUGGUGUCAUACCUACCCCAUCCUCAUCUCGGUUGCGUAAUGUGAUCCAUGUGGACAACCAUGAAGAGUGUAACCAAAAAAUGGAGGCGAUGCAGGAGAAGAUAGAUAUGCUAAUGGCAAUUGUGAUGCCUGGACGAAGCGUGGAAGAUGAUUCAAGCUAGGGCAACCUCUCUUAACAUAGAUCAACUGAAGGUGUUUAUUGGAUUGAUGGUGAUAGUGGGCUUUUGCAUGGUCACCUAACUAUGUUAAAAUAUGAGCUGUUGCAAUGGGAAAGAUUGGGAAUGAGACACUUGAGUUUGUGAUAAAAAAAAAAAAAACAAAACUCAUUAACACCUUUUGUAGUAGUUUGUUUUUUGUUUGUCUUUUUGUAUGUCUUUCCCCCUACUAUUAAGCUCAUGUAGUUGUAAAUUUUUUGUAUUUUAUUUAAUUACGAAGCUUCUUAUAUCUGUUAGCCUCUAGUGUUCUAUUUAGUUUUGAAUCUUCGCUUCCCUCUCUUCCCACAUAUAUAUUAUAUAGUAUAACAGUUUAUGAAGCAAGGGCGGUAUUUAUGCGUGCACAUGGAUUGUCUAGUGUGAUUGGUUUUAUGGCUAAGGUAUGUUGACAAUUCAAACCAUUAAGAACCAGGUCAGAUUACAAAGGUUUUGCUGUAGGUGUAACUUUCGUUGA